AUGGCUACUCAAAAGUCUGGCGAGGAGCGCCUACGGGAUAGAAAGCCGAUGCGGGCUCCCGUGCCAGCGUACCUCGCCAAGGCUGGAUCACCACUAUCGGUAGACAAGGACUUGUAUCAGGAAAUCCAGCAAGGGUCUAGAACUCUGGUUGAGUCUUUUACUCUGCCUAUCAGAUCAGGUCGUGCUUGGAAGGCACCAGCUAAGAGCAUCAUUCGGAUCAGCACUCCUGAAGGCGCUCAAGUUGGUGAUCUCAAUAUCUGGAACGCUCAUAAUCCGCGAGAAAGGUUUUGGCCUGGUCGAACCAAGCAACUCCAUUCGUCGCAUGUGACGACUUAUGAUAGGCUGUGGUCGUGCCUCCCUUAUUUGCGUCCUAUGGUCACCAUCAUCGCGGAUUCCCUUUCAUGGUAUGGUGAAGACGAGACUGGCGGUCGCGUCCAUGAUCUACUUGGCACGAGGUGCGACCCAUACAUCAACACAUUGUUGGGGGGACCUGGGGCAUCUUAUGACUAUCACUGUCAUUCCAAUCUGACUCGAGCUGUAAUACCGUUCGGGCUCAAUGAAUCAGAUGUGCACGAUGUCAUCAACCUGUUCCAGGUCACAGGCCUGGAUUCGAAAGGAAGAUAUUUCAUGAAUCCAUGCCCAGCGGAACCAGGCGAUUUCAUCGAGUUCUUCGCCGAGCAGGAUCUGCUCAUGGCCUUGUCGACCUGUCCAGGAGGUGACCUCUCGUUAUGGGGUUUCGGGAGUGAUAGCGAGAAAGACAUGAUCAAAUGUUGCCGACCACUCAAAGUAGAAGUUUUCCGGCUCGAGGAUGAGGACAAAAUCUUGGCUCAGAAAUGGACUGGUGCUGAACACCCACACUAUGUAGGAAGGCAUGGAAUGAAAAUUCCCGAAGGAGAGCACAAGUAG